AUGGACGAAAGAUCACAACAUCAUGCAUCUUUAUACUCUGAGGAGAGUAUAAAGAGUGAUCUCUUGGAAUGGGAGGCUAAAUACUCUAGCACCGAUAGGACUGCCAAGAUGUUGGCUCAACUACAAGAAACUCAUUCAACUGGUGUGGAUACUCUAAUGAAGCUAGGUGAACAAGGUGAACAAAUGGAUCGUGUAGAAAGGUUAACAAAUGAACAGGAACAACAUGUUAAAGGAUUGGGAAAGUAUAAGAAGUUCCAUAAAUAUAUGAAGAAGUUGUCAAAGAAGGAUAAAUAUAAGGAGGAGAAACCAAAGGCUAAAGAGAUACAUCAUGAGUUGAAUGUAGUAGAGGCAAGACAUCAUGCCAAUGAUGUGAUUAUGAAGAAGAGAGAGCAGGAUAGGUUGUUGGAGAUGGAGCAGAAGAAGGCUUUAUAUAAUACACCAAACUUGGAAAAGACAGAUGACCGUCAGGGUAUUAGUUCUAAACUAUGGAGAAAGUCAAGUGAUAUCAAACAACAAGCGGAACAAUCAAUGGAACGCAGUAAACCUAUUGAACAACAGAAUGAGGAGGAUCUACGUGACAAUGUCUACAUCAAGAAUGCCAACUGGAUAAAGGUGGAGGAUGAACACUUGGACCAGAUGAACCUCAUCCUGGCUGACAUGAAGAAUGUAGCCAUUGCCACACACACCGAGGUCCAGAGACAAUCCAUUAAACUGGACGAUAUAGAUCAAUCAAUGGACAGAGGCAAUCAUUUUGAGCUCAGGAGGAAGUCGUCCAGACAGGUAGAGCGUGAGAAGAAGAAAGGAAUCAAGGAGGAAGAGAAGAGGAUUGAUGAUGCCAACAGGAAGAAAGCCAUUGUAGAUGCUAAAGUAGAGAAGGAAAUUGGUCACAAACCACUCUACAAGAGCAAGUACCUUGGACGUCACGAGAAAGAGAGUGGCAACACAAGUGUCAAUCCAUUCCUG